AUGUCAGGCUUCGGUGACUUCACCAACAUCUGCCACAUGGUGCCACUGCCACUGUGCGCAUCCAUCGGACCUGCCACCGAGGUAACCAGCGGUGUCGGUAUCGAGCCGGACUGCUAUGCGCGUAACAUCGAGCUGGCAAACACCAUCAUCUUCGAGGGUGCUGCUAGCGCCAUGCAUAUCGUUGCCCUCCUCAUGACCGUCGUCAUGAUCUUGCAUAUUCGCGGCAAGUUCACUGCUGUUGGCCGCAAGGAAAUCCUCAUGUUCUUCUACAUCUACAUGCUUCUCAGCUUCAUCUCCCUUUGCGUCGACGCCGGUGUCGUCCCUCCGGGUUCCGAUCCCUAUCCCUACUUUGUCUCCGUGCAGAAUGGCUUGACAUCGGCUUUGGUCACUUGCUUACUAAUCAACGGCUUCGUCGGGUUCCAGCUGUACGAGGACGGCACUCUGCUCUCCGUCUGGCUGCUGCGCGUCUGCUCCUUGGCCGCCUUUGCCAUAUGCUUCCUGGUUUCGCUGGCCACUUUCAAGUCGUGGGUCGGCCUGGGACCUACCAACACGGUCGGCCUCUUCGUCGUCCUGUACUUGCUGAACGCCAUCGAGCUUUUCAUCUAUGUCGCUCUGCAGAUCCUUCUCGUCGUUAGGACUCUGCAGGACCGCUGGCCCCUGGGCGACAUCGCCUUUGGUCUCUUCUUCUUCAUUGUCGGACAGGUCAUUCUGUAUGCUGCCAGCACCCAGAUUUGCACCGCCGUCAGCCACUACCUUGACGGCCUCUUCUUCGCCACCAUCUGCAACCUCUUGGGCGUCAUGAUGGUGUACAAGUACUGGGAUUCCAUUACUCGCGAGGACCUCGAGUUCUCUGUUGGUACUAGGAUGAACAAUUGGGAGGUCAAGGAGCUGUUGCCUGAGGAAGACCGCCAUACGGCCAUGUACGCCGAGGACCCUUACGGUCACGCUGGCGGCUACGACCACUCGUACUCCCCAUCGCCGGCCCCGGCGCGUUACUCUGCUCGUUACUGA